UUCCUGACUGCAACUGUCUUCAUUCUGCCAUCCUUUUCCAACUCCUUGAUGGUCCCGCAGGUCCCAGGGGCCCCGUGGACAGUGGGUCUGAUGGCGUUACUGAUGGUGCUGCUCACACCUGUGGUCCAGGGCAGGGCCACUCCAGAGAAUUACUUGUACCAGGGACGGAUGGAAUGCUACUCUUUUAAUGGGGCACAGCGCUACCAGGAGAGACACAUCUACAACCGGGAGGAGUACGCGCGCUUCGACAGCGACGCCGGGGAGUUCUGGGCAGUGACAGAGCUGGGACGGCCUAUUGCGGAGUACUGGAACAGCCAGAAGGACAUCCUGGAGGAGAAGCGGGCAGUGGCGAGCACGGGGUGCAGAUACAACUACGAGUUGGCAGAGCCAGUCAUCCGGAAGCGACGAGGCCACAAGUGCCAACAGCUGCACAGAUACUUCUCUGUUUAGCCGGCACUAAGGAUGUAACUCAGAAGACCUGGGCCUUGUCCUCAAACUGCUUGAAAUCCAAAAUCCAAAGAGACCAAGAAAAGAAGAUUGCUACAUGUGUAUUUUAUUUUGUGUUUUUUAAAUUUUUUAUUUCCAUAUAUUAUUUUGAUCACCACUGAGUACCAUAAGACAUACACUAGAGCCACUCAGGAGCAUAAAGAUGGCAUUUUUAAAAAAUGAGAUUUAGGAAAUAGGGAUAGUGUUUACCUGAGGUUAGCAAAGCAGAGAAAGGGGAAACGGCAUUUCCAGCAGGAGAAGCAGGCUCAGGAGCAGAGAGGCACGAAGUUGCAAGGAGAACUGCAGUUCUUCAGUGUGACUGAAGCCAGGGGAGACGUGGGCCGGGCUGCACUGUAACCUUUGUGUGCUGAUGGCAGGUGUUUGCAUUUUAUCCCACAGGACACAGGAAGUUGUGAAGCAUCUUAAGCAGGACAGUAACAUGAUGAGAUUUGUGUUUUGAGGGGGCAGCAGUAGGGAGGAUGGGUUGGAGGAGGCUGGUUUGAAAGCAAGACCAAUAGGACUCUUCAGCCAUCAGGUGGGAAGUCAUGAGGGUGUAGGCAGGGGCAGGAACAUGGGGUGAGGCAGACAGCAGAUGGGUUUGAAUGGCAAUAAUGAAAUGAGAAGCCACAGGAAUCACUAAAUCAUGUGCCAGAAGUAGGGAUAUGAAGGAGUCCAGAAUACCCAGACAAUGUGGAGAACUGUGGCAUCAGUGACUGCAAAGGUGAUGAAAAAUGAAAUAAUCGAGAGAAGGUAAGAUGUUCUGUUUGGAGCAUGCUUAGUUUGAAUUUCUGUGGGAACAAAUGGAGUUAAUCUGAGGAUAGUGAGCUAAAUGGUUGGGUCCCAGGCUACACUAGGUUAGUGACAUAGACUGGAAGGAAGCUCAUUAUAAGUGAAGUUCUAAAUUUGGAUCGGGUCACUCAAGAAAAGUACAUAGUCAGAAUAGCAAGGGUCUGAGUGUGUGCUCCUGCAACCAGACAAACACAGACAUGAAAAAAGAGGCUGAAAAGGAGAAGACUAGAAAGUAGGAGGAAAACAAAUAGGAAGUGGCUUCCUAAAAGACAACAGACAGGAGAAAAAGUCCAGGAAAGAGGAGCCGAUGCAUCACAAACACACUAAUGACACACAAGAGAUAGCGACAGAGAAGUGACCACUGGUUUGGGUUGUAUAAAGGUCACCCUGAGAGCAGCAUCAGAGAUGUGGGGAAGAAAAAGGGAGAAUGCAGUGGGUUGAGGACUGAAUGAAAUGGGAGAGAGUCACUAACAGGCUGGGUGUGGUGCCCCACACCUGUAAUCUCAGUGCUGCGAAAGGCUGAGAUAGGAGGAUCACUUGAGGCCAGGAGUUUGAGACCAGCCUAGGAAAUAUAGUGAGACUCCAUCUCUAAGGAAAAAAAAUAAAUAAAUAAAA